GACAGCAUAAAAAACGAACCAAAUUAUGGAUCACCAUAAGGUUAAAUAAAUAAAAAAUGGGCAAUCGUUGUUUGGCAAUUAUAAUUUUUGAAUACAGUUGGAUCUCGAUAUUACAUUUAAUUUUGGUUCUUGUCCUGAAUACGCGUCCAAUCGCUUAUUAUGCGUCCGAACAAAUGCGUGUUUACUAUAGCUCUGGGUUAGUAGAGUUUUCUAAUUUCAUGGCUUUCAUGAUAAUUAAAGUAGAAAACCGUGUAAUUAUCGGCACUGAUGGGACGCGUAAUACUGGACAAUAG